AUGGAAUCUUUUGUGCCUAAGGAUUCACCGCUGGACGACUACCUCCAAGGGGUGGGUGAACGUGAGGACAACUGGCCAGCGGCGGAAACAAACAGCGAGAGUGAAAAUGAGGUCCCUGCCACUGAUUUCGCUCCUCGGGGAGCUUCUCGCUUUCAAAGUCGAGUGCGCAACAAGCUUCCAAAGCCCCUGAACCUCGGCAACUCACCGCAUGGAGCCAUCGCGCAGAAGCUAUACACUGCCUGCUCGUCUGCCCUGAACGCGCGCAUCGCACGAGGAGACAACGAGCGGUUCCUAGAACAAUUCGGAUACGUCAUCGUCGCCUCGCAGCUCUUGAACGAGCACAGCGCGCCCUCCUACACCUCCGCGGCAGAUGUGCUCGCGACUUCACAGCCCGCAGAGCUCCCGUCACUUUCCACAACUUUUGGUCUGCAAGGUGCCAUUGUCACUGCGUCAACUUCCUUUUCGAUUGUGUGGUUACUACACUGGGGCCGGUCUAAGACGGGAUCUGGGCUAAAUCCACGAAAAUUCGGGAUCAUGUUGAUUCUGAUGCCGGUUCUCGGGGUUUUCUUUUAUGCCUUUGCGAAGCGACAGUGGUUGAAAUACUUGCGGCACCAGGCGGUGGAGGCUGCCGGGGCUUUCGUCGGGAAUGCUCAGGGGUUUGACUCGGCUGCUUCAGCCUCGGUGGUCUUUAUACAAGAGGUGGAGCUGGUCUCUAGAGGCUAUCGGAUAAGCACUCCCCUCCCUCCUAUCAGUCGACUGGAGGAUCAGGUACAAAUCCGGAGGUGCUUGAGACUUCGAAGAGCAGUAUCCGAGUCUUUCUGGUCCAUGCUUGAACGAUAUAUUCAAUCACAAAAUACCCUGCGGCCGCUUACUGACGAGGCCAACCUUGCUAAAUAUUACGAUAUUUACGAUAUCGCGCUGGAGGACCUCGAAACAAUCGAGUCAACUCUGUCGCAACGGUCUAUGGAUGAUCAGUAUUCAUUACGGUCUCUGCGUGAAUCGUUCGGGAAACUGUAUACAGUGAGAAAAAGCGUCUUGUGCUGUUUGCUAGCGCUGAGUGCCGAUGGAGGAGGAUCUGAUAUCACGAGGUGGAGUUCGGCCGUGGAAGAGAUGCGCGAGCUUGCUGCGGUCACCGGAUCAAGCAUGACCAAAAUGGCCAACAUUCUGAAUGAGGAGGACCGGGACGUUAUUCCUCCAUCUCCGUUGCCGUCCGCUUCUCCAAGCAAGGAGCACAUGCGCACGCAAUUCCGGCGGCUGAACUCCUUAUCGCAGGGCGUUCGUGCCUUGCAUGCUAAAAUGCACAUCGUCGGUGAGGAGUCCAACGCCAAUCUCGAGCAAUCCGAGACUGGCGAAUUCGAAGCGAGUCUUUUGGUCCAAUAUGAUUCUAUUGGUAGUGAUAUCAGGGCUCUACUGCAAGAGUGGGAGCUCGGGAAAGCUGCAUUUGUCAACAGUCAGCAUCGCCUCAGUGUCGGAGACUUCUCCCGGCCUCCGAGUACAGCCUUCCCACUGUCUCCUACCCCUAGUCUUGGUGGUACUACCGCCGUGGAGGGAAGUCCUACCGACGCACUCAAAGCGUUGAACGGCGAGCGUCCCGACUUGACGCAUAGUUUCGAGGACGAGGAGAUCUUCGAAGCGGUCGUACUCCCUGCUUCGAGAAAUAAGAGAGCCUCUCUCACGAGAGAUGAACGUCUGGCACGCGUUCGAGAAGCACGUGCCAGUAAAGCGGCCGUUCAGGAAAAGGCAAAUGCAAAGACCAAUAUGCUCAAGGAACUGGAGAUGGUCAUCCAGCAAAGACCUCGCAACAACCAUUCCAAACGAGUGACCAGCAUGUAA